AUUUGUACAAUAUGUGGAUGUGUACAAUAUAUGCCUCCAUCGCAUGGAAGUGUUUACAUUGAUUUAAGCCUUAAAUUAGGUGUGUCAGGAUCUGUUACGACUUAAUUAACAAGAUCAGAAAUUGACAAUAGGAAAAUGACAUUCCCCAUUGAUUUGGAGGAACUGAUUAUUCUAUGAUGGAAUAAAAUCUAUACAAGAAUAAUUUGCAAUAUAGUUAGUUGGUGAGGAUGACGAUUAUUACAGAUAUGAUUGAUUCAGCAGGCUUUUUGCCGAGAAAAGUCACUGAAGUUCCAAGGGAUGUGAUUCUUAGUUUUCAACAUUCUAAAAAAGUUGGGAAUUAUCUUCUUGGGAAAUCAAUUGGUGAAGGAUCUUUUGCUAAAGUAAAGGAGGCCAUGCAUAUUCUUACAGGAGAAAAGGUGGCUGUCAAAAUAAUCGAUAAACGCAAAGCAAAAGAAGAUUCAUACGUCAGAAAGAAUCUCCGGCGGGAAGGAAAGAUUUUGCAAAUGGUUAGACACCCGAAUGUUGUGCAGUUACUGGAAAUUAUGGAAACAGAAAACAGUUACUACCUUGUUAUGGAAUAUUGUAAAGGUGGAGAUCUCAUGGAUUACAUUUGUCAACGCAAGAAACUUGAAGAGAGAGAAGCUAAGCGAUUUAUUCGACAAGUGAUUUCAGCAAUAGACUACUUACAUAGAAUGGGAAUUCUGCAUAGAGACCUCAAAGUAGAAAAUCUACUACUUGAUGAGAAUAGAGAUAUAAAAAUUAUAGACUUUGGUCUUAGUAACAAGAUAAAAGUUGUCACAACAAAAGAUGGAGUACGAGCCCAGGAGCAUCUAGUCACACAAUGUGGAAGUCCUGCUUACGCUGCGCCAGAGUUACUUGGAAGAAAGAAAUAUGGACCACAAGUUGAUGUCUGGAGCAUUGGCGUCAACAUGUUUGCAAUGCUGACUGGAAACCUGCCAUUUACUGUUCAGCCAUUUAAUAUUAAAGUUCUCCACAAUAAAAUGAUAGCCGGUCAAAUGAAUCCAGUCCCAGAUACGAUAAGUAGAGACUGCCGAGAUUUAAUACGGAAACUCCUGACUCCAGAUCCAGAUAAAAGAAUUACUUUAACUGAGGCAAUGAAACAUCCAUGGAUUGCUGAAGGUAAAACAAAACCCCUUGAACGAUCAGUGUUUCCAAAUAGACGAAAGAGUGAUGAGCUAGAUGAGACAAUUUUAAAACAUAUGAGUGAAAUCCAAGGAUUUCGGUUGGGUGAAGUCAUUCGGUUUGUCACCGGAAAUCUGCCAAGCCCAGCCCUUUCUAUGUAUCAUACCCUAGAUCAGAGAUUGAAAAGAUAUUAUGCAGAUAUGAGAGUUAGAGGGAAAAUGUCUGCUUUAGAAAGCUACUCAAACAGAGCAGGACAAGCAUUUCAGACGUACCAGGUGCGGAAAAAUAGAUCAGUGCCAGCUUCUCCAAUACCGACAGCUCCUCUAAUGAAAGAAAACAAAGAAGAGAAGAAACAGACUGCACACACCGAUGGUGUGAUAUCAAAUAUAGAAAAGGAUCUCACUAUUGUAGAAAUAGAUGAAAAUGCUAACCAUAUUAAUAUUAGAGUUUGUGAUCCUUUAAGAACAGAAAAAGGUCAAGGCAAUGAACAAGAAGGUAAAGAAAAUCAACAGAAACCAAAUAUUGAUACUAAAAUCAACAGAAAGGAACAAGCAGAGAAAAAAGUAUUCAUGCCAAAACUAGCUCAUAAAUGUUCUGUGCUUGACCGUAACAUGCCAGAAAAUGGUGCUACAUCUUCGCUAUCGCCUUCCCCUGUAAAGGAACGGUGUGAAUCGCCAACAAAAUCUCGAAGAGGUUCACUGACAAAAGCAAUUUUAUCUCCAAGGAAAGUAACUCCAAAAGCACAGACUGAUUUAGGGCUUUCUAAAGACAAAACAAAUAAAAACGAUAAUUGUAGAACAUAUUCUGCUCAAGCUGGCUUCAAAAGAUUCCAAAGAAUAUCGGUGGAUGGUUCUAGAAAUACACAAUAUGACUUGAAUGGAAGAUUCAUACGAAAGACAGAAGUCAAAAUUGUAAAUAACAAAAAGAAAAUUGAUUUGAUUUAUUCCACAAAGAGUGACAACUCAUCUGACAACAGUUCGAAAAUUUCAUGUCACUCACCUACGCUUUCUGAACGUUUCAAUAGUCCAAUUGUAGAACAGACAAAAAUGUUCUUACGAGCAAAACUGAACAAUGGAAAUAUAAAAACAGGUAUUUCUAAAGACCAAUCAAAAGACGAUAAUUCAAUCGAAGAAAUUUCGCCUUUAUCUUCACUGUCAAAACAAAUGAGUUCUCGCGCAACAACGCGAACUGAGUUUUCUUCAUUUGCAAAGGAUGGACAAAUUGCACUUCCAUGUAUUACACCAGUACACAGAAACAGUUGAUAAUUUGUACAAAAGUAAAGUAAGAUUGUCUUUCGACAUUGUUCAUACAAAUGUGUAUCUAACAACCAACAACGAAAAUACUUAUAUUGUUGAUCAUUUUGUUAUUAUUGAUUUGCUUUUUUCUGUAAAUUGUGCAAUAUGGAUUAUCAAAUAAAAUGUUAAAUUAUU